CCGCCCACGUGACCCGCCCAGGCCCUUUCCCUUCCAACAUGGCGGCGCCCAGAUUCUCGAGUCACACGUGAGAAAGACCCAGCCGCUGGCAAGCGGAGAGCACCACGUGUGAGCCCCGUUCGGCUCCCUGGCAUCGACCUCAUCCUUCUGACUCUUCCGGAGGCUCCUCCGGGACUUUCCCCUCUGCAGCCAUGAAAAUAAAGCCCGUUUCCCACAAGACGGAGAACACUUAUCGGUUUCUUACAUUCGCUGAACGGCUGGGGAAUGUGAAUAUUGAUAUUAUUCACCGUAUUGAUAGAACUGCAAGCUAUGAUGAGGAAGUGGAAACUUACUUCUUUGAAGGUCUGCUGAAAUGGAGAGAAUUGAACCUUACAGAACACUUCGGAAAAUUUUAUAAAGAAGUUAUUGACAAAUGCCAGUCAUUUAAUCAGUUGGUCUACCAUCAAAAUGAGAUCGUUCAGAGUUUGAAGACUCACCUGCAAGUUAGGAACAGUUUUGCCCACGAGCCCCUUUUGGACCUGGUGGUGCAGUUGGCGCGAGACCUGCAGACGGAUUUCUACCCGCACUUUCCCGACUUCUUCGUGACUGUCACCUCCCUCCUGGAGACACAGGACACGGAGCUGCUGGAGUGGGCCUUCACCUCGCUGUCCUACCUGUACAAGUACCUGUGGAGGCUGAUGGUGAAGGAUAUGGCCAGGGUUUACAGCAUGUACAGUACACUCUUGGCUCAUAGAAAACUGCAUAUAAGAAAUUUUGCUGCUGAAAGCUUUACUUUUUUGAUGAGAAAGGUCUCUGAUAAAAAUGCCCUUUUCAAUUUAAUGUUUCUUGAUCUUAAUGAACAUCCAGAAAAGGUGGAAGGAGUUGGACAAUUACUCUUUGAAAUGUGCAAAGGAGUUAGAAAUAUGUUUCAUUCCUGUGCAGGCCAGGCACUGAAGCUAACUUUGCAGAAGCUCGGACCACUUACUGAAACAGAAACUCAGCUGCCGUGGAUCUUAGUAGGAGAAACACUAAAAAACGUGGCCAGGUCCACUGUUCUCUAUGUCUACAAGGAACAUUUUGGUACAUUUUUUGACUGUUUGCAAGAGUCACUCCUGGACCUACAUGACAAAGUAACAAAAAAGAGUUCUUGUGAAAGUUCUGAGCAGAUUGCAAGGUUGUUGGAAACGUACCUGAUACUAGUGAAACAUGGAAAUGGAUCCAAGAUAACCAACCCUGCUGGUGUUUGUAAGGUGUUGUCUCAAACGGUACACAUAGCCAGUCUCUCCACAGCUUGCCGGAAGACCCUCUUGGAUGUAAUUUCUGCUUUGAUCCUGGGUGGAAAUGUUUCUUUGCCAGACACCCUCAUCAGAGAAACCAUAGAAAAAGUUUUUGAGAGCAGAUUGGAAAGACGUUUAAUUUUUGAUUUUUCUGAAGUCAUGUUUGCUAUGAAGCAGUUUGAGCAGCUUUUUCUGCCCAGCUUUCUCGUGUACAUUGAGGACUGCUUCUUGGCUGAGGACACAGUGGUCCGGGAUGAAGCCCUGGCCAUGUUGGCCAAGCUCAUUCUGAACAAAGCAGCGCCUCCCGCUGCUGGCUGCGUGAUGAUGGAGACAUACCCACUGCUCUUCGGCCCGCGCACUGUGGGAGCCUCCUUAAGGCAGAGGAAGACUAGAUCCAAGGAAGAAGAGCAGCAGUUUCCAGUAGGGGACCAUCUCUCGUCCUUAAUUCAGUCCCCACCAAGUAAAGAUCCGACUUCCCUUGCACAGCCGUGGGCAGCGCUCGUUGUGUUGCCUCACAUUCGGCCUCUUGAGAAGGCGCGGGUGCUUCCGCUGGUGACGCGCUUCGUGGAGUCUCUCUUCAGGACUGUGGACAGCGGGGGCUGUGGGAAAGGACACUUGUUUGUUCUUUGUCAAGCUGUCAGUACUCUGCUAAGCUUGGAAGACUCCUCCGAACUCCUUCGCCUGGUCCCUGUGGAACAAGUGAAGAACUUAGUGUUGUUGUUUCCCACAGAGCCAUCCGUGUUGCUUCUGGCCGAGCUCUAUUACCAGCGGCUGGCUGUCUGUGGCUGCAAAGGGCCACUGUCCCAGGACGCGCUGAUGGAACUGCUUCCUGGGUUGCAGGCCAACAUUUCAGCUGGCGCCUCCAAGAUUCGGCUUUUGACAAUAAGAAUCCUGAACCAUUUUGAUAUCCAGCUUCCAGAACUGAUGGAGGAGGAUGCGCUCUCGGGGCGGCCAUCCGCCUUUGCUGUCCUGCGCCAGGCGGAGCUGGUGCCCACCACUGUGAGUGACUACAGGGAGAAGCUGCUUCACCUGAGCAAACUGAGGCACGACAUGGUGCACACUGCGGUCCCCGACGGGCCGCUGCAGGAGGUACCCCUCCGUUACCUGCUGGGCAUGCUGUACGUCAACUUCAGCGCGCUCUGGGACCCGGUGAUCGAGCUCAUAAGUUCUCAUGCUCAUGGAAUGGAAAAUAAGCAGUUUUGGAAAGUAUACUAUGAACAUCUGGAGAAAGCAGCUACACAUGCUGAGAAAGAACUGCAGAGGGACAUAGAAGAGGAGAAGCCCGCUGGAGACAGAAGCUGGGAGCAGACCCAGGAAGGAGGCGCCGGGGCUCUGUAUCAGGAGCAGUUAGUGCUGCAGACCAACUGUCAGGAAAGACUCGACCAUACCAACUUCCGGUUUUUGCUAUGGCGGGCUCUGGCAAAAUUCCCAGAGAGAGUGGAGCCCCGGUCCAGGGAGCUGUCCCCACUUUUCCUGAGAUUUAUCAACAACGAGUACUACCCAGCAGAUCUGCAGGUGGCUCCAACCCAGGAUCUGCGGAAAAGGGCCAGAGGGAUGGCCGCAGAGGAAGUGGAAGAGGAGCCUGCUGCCAGAGAUGAAGAGGAUUUGGAGGAAGAGGCAGCUCCCCCAGAUGAACCCCCCCAGAAGAAAAAGACACGCAGAGCGGCAGCAAAGCAGUUAAUUGUUCAUUUGCAAGUUUUCUCUAAAUUUUCAAAUCCACGGGCCUUAUACCUGGAAUCCAAAUUAUAUGAGUUAUAUCUUCAGCUAUUGCUACACCAGGAUCAAGCAGUGCAGAAAGUAACCUUGGAUUGCAUCAUGACAUACAAACACCCUCAUAUCCUUCCUUACAGGGAAAACCUACAAAGGUUGCUUGAUGACAAAACCUUUAAGGAAGAAAUAGUGCAUUUCAGCAUUUCAGAAGAAAGUGCUGUCGUGGGAACGGCCCACCGAGCAGAAUUGUUUCCAAUUCUGAUGAGGAUUCUGUAUGGGCGAAUGAAGAACAAAACUGGGAGCAAAACCCAGGGCAAGUCCGCCUCGGGAAUGCGCGCGGCCAUCGUCCUGCGCUUCCUGGCAGGGACCGAGCCGGAGGAGGUCGGGGUCUUCCUGGACUUGCUGGCCGAGCCAGUGAAGCACUUCGGGAGCGGAGAGUGCCACGAUGCAGUCCUGCGAGCGGUGGAAGCCCUGGAUCUGGCCAGAGUCCUCCCCCUGGGGCGGCAGCAUGGCGUCCUGAACAGCCUGGAGAUCGUGCUAAAGAACAUCAGCCAUCUCCUCCGUGCCUACUUACCCAAGAUCUUGCAGAUUCUGCUGUGCAUGACUGCCACCGCCUCACACGUCCUCGAGCAACGAGAGAAGAUACAGCUGCGGUUUAUUAACCCCCUGAAAAAUUUACGGCGUCUUGGAAUCAAAAUGGUCACCGAUAUCUUCCUGGACUGGGAAUCCUACCCAUUCAGCACACAAGAACUCGAUGCUGUGUUCCAUGGUGCAGUGUGGCCCCAGAUCUGCCGACUUGGAUGUGAGAGUCAGUACUCGCCCACUCCUCUGCUGAAGCUCAUUAGUGUCUGGAGCAGAAAUGCAAGAUAUUUCCCCUUUCUGGCUAAACAGAAGCCGGGGCACCCGGAAUGUGACAUCCUGACCAACGUCUUUGCAGUUCUCUCAGCAAAGAAUCUCUCAGACGCCACAGCCGGCAUUGUGAUGAACAUGAUCGACGACCUCCUGAACCUUCCAGAUUUCGAGCCCUCGGACACGGUGCCGUGCUUGCCGGUGACUGGCUGCGUGUACGCCGAGCCUGCGGGGGGCACAGCCGAGUCCAUCACUAUGGGAGGAAGAUUGAUCCUACCUCAUGUGCCUGCAAUUCUUCAGUACCUCAGCAAAACCACAAUAAGUGCAGAAAAGAUGAAAAAGAAAAAGAAUAGGGCACAGGUCAGCAAGGAACUCGGCAUCCUUUCAAAGAUCAGCAAAUUUAUGAGAGAUGAAGAACAGAGCUCAGUGCUCAUCAUGCUCCUCCUUCCCUUCCUCCACCGAGGCAGUGUCGCGCAGGAUACGGAGGUCGAUAUCCUAGUGACGGUGCAGAAUCUGCUGCAGCACUGUGUGGACCCCACAAGCUUCCUCAAGCCUCUGGCCAGACUCUUCUCAGUCAUUAAGAACAAGCUGUCAAGACAGUUGCUGUGUACAGUCUUCCAGAGUCUGUCUGAUUUCGAAAGUGGACUAAAAUACAUUACUGAUGUUGCCAAGCUGAAUGCCUUUGACCAGAGGCAUCUCGAUGACAUCAACUUUGAUGUCCGCUUCACCGAGUUCCAGACAAUCGCGUCUCACAUUAGAGAGAUGCAGACCGUGGACGUCAGCUACCUGAUUGCAGUCAUGCACAACUGCUUCUACAAUAUGGAGUUAGGGGACAUGUCCUUAAGCGACAAUGCCAGCAUGUGCCUGAUGAGUGUCGUCCGGAAGCUGGCUGCCCUGAGUGUCUCGGAGAAGGACUUCCGGGAGGUCAUCCACCGCUGCCUCCUAGAGAGACUGAGGAAGGGGCUGAAGAGCCCCACAGAGAGUAUUCAGCAGGAUUACACGACGAUCCUUUCGUGCUUGGUUCAGACCUUCCCAGAGCAGCCGGAGUUUAAAGACCUGGUGCAGCUCACCCAGCAGCAGGACCCGGAGAUGGACUUCUUCGAGAACAUGAAGCACAUCCAGAUCCACAGAAGAGCGAGGGCCUUGAAGAAACUGGCGAAGCAGCUAACGGAAGGCAUAGUGGUGCUGUCCUCCAAGUCUCUGCAGAAUUACAUCAUGCCCUAUGCCAUGACUCCGGUUUUUGAUGAGAAAAUGCUCAAGCAUGAGAACAUAACCAUUGCGGCCACGGAACUUAUUGGAGCUGUUUGCAGACACCUCGCCUGGCCUGCCUACGUCUAUUACCUGAAGCACUUCAUCCAUGUCCUCCAGGCAGGGCAGAUCCAUCAGAAGCUGGGCGUCAACUUGCUGGUGAUAGUACUGGACGCGUUCCACUUUGACCACAAAACUCUUGAAGAACAGAUGGGAAGAAUUCAGAGUGAGGAAAACGCAGACACAGUAGAAAUGACCGAGUUCCCAGAGGAGGAGGCCAUGGAAGUAGAGCCCCCAGGUGAGGAAGAGAAGGACAGCACAAGGAAGGUGUCAGGUGCUCCUGAGGCGGCCGGAAACCUGGAGGUGGCCGACCCUGACGGGACAGCCGCUAAGGAGCCCACGUGUGCCCCUCCGUCCGUCUCCUUCCUCCCUCGGAAUAAGGAAGAGCUGGAGAGAACAAUUAACACCAUCCACAGGACUGUAACUGGGGACAUCCUGCCCCGGCUGCACAAGUGCCUGGCGUCCACGACUAAACGGGAAGAAGAGCACAAGCUCAUCAAGUCAAAGGUCGUGAACGACGAGGAAGUGGUCCGCGUGCCCUUAGCGUUCGCCAUGGUGAAGCUGCUGCGGUCCGUGCCGCAGGAGGUGAUGGAGGCCAACCUGCCGAGCAUCCUGCUGAAGGUGUGCGCCCUCCUCAAGAGCAGGGCACAGGAGGUCCGGGACGUGGCGCGCAGCACCCUCGCCAAGAUCCUGGAGGACCUGGGCGUGCGCUUCCUGCAGUACGUGCUCAAAGAGCUGCAGACCACGCUGGUGCGAGGCUACCAGGUCCACGUGCUGACCUUCACUGUGCACCUGCUGCUCCAGAGCCUGGCUGGCCGCCUGCAGGUCGGGGACCUGGACGCCUGCCUGGGCAUCAUGACCGAGAUGUUUAACCGGGAGUUAUUCGGGGCUGUGGCGGAGGAGAAGGAAGUGAAGCAGAUCCUCUCCAAAGUCAUGGAGGCGCGAAGAAGCAAGAGCUACGAAUCCUACGAGAUCCUGGGCCAGUUUGUAGGAAGAGACCAAGUCACAAAGCUCAUCCUCCCGCUGAAAGAGGUCCUGCAGAGCACCACGAGUCUGAAGCUGGCCCGGAAGGUGCAGGAGACCUUGCGGCGGGUCAUAGCGGGGCUCCUCGCGAACCCCGAGAUGGCUGCGGAGUCGGUGCUGCUGCUGAGUUACGGCUUGGUCAGCGAGAAUCUGCCGCUGCUAACGGAGAAGGAGAGGAGUCCCGCAGGCCCCGUGCCUGACCCCCGGCUGCCCCCUGCCAGCUGCCUGCUGCUCCCACCAGCCCCGGUGCGCGGCGGGCCAAAGGCCGCGGUGAGCAGGAAGACCAACAUGCACGUGCUGAUCGAGUCUGGGCUCCGGCUGCUGCAUCUGAGUCUGAAGACAGCCAAGGUCCGGGCCUCGAGCGAGUGUGCCCUGGAGAUGCUGGACCCGUUCGUGUCCCUGCUCGUCGGCUGCCUGGGCUCCCGGGACGUGAGGGUCAUCACGGGCGCGCUGCAGAGCCUCAUCUGGGUCCUGCGGUUCCCUCUGCCAUCCGUAGAGGCCAAGGCGGAGCAGCUGACGAAGCACCUGUUCCUCCUGCUGAGGAGCUACGCCCGGUUCGGCGCUGCCCGGGGCCAGAACUUCCACCUGGUGGUGAAUUGUUUCAAGUGUGUGACCGUCCUCAUGAAGAAAGUCAAGUCCCACCUGGUCACUGAGAAGCAGCUGCGGGUCCUGCUGGCCUAUGCUGAGGAGGACAUCUACGACUCUUCCCGGCAGGCCACUGCGUUCGGCCUCCUGAAGGCUAUUUUAUCGAGGAAGCUGCUGGUGCCGGAAGUCGAGGAUGUCAUGCGAAAGGUGUCCACGCUGGCCAUCUGUGCGCAGAGCGAGCCCGCCAGGGUCCAGUGCCGACAGGUGUUCCUGAAGUACCUUCUGGACUAUCCCUUGGGGGAGCGACUGCGGCCCAACCUGGAGUUCGUGCUGGCGCAGCUGAAUUAUGAGCACGAAGCUGGCCGGGAGUCCGCCCUGGAGCUGAUCGCCAGCCUCUUGGACGCCUUCCCUCAGGGCCUGCUGCACGAGAACUGUGGCCUGCUCUUCGUCCCGCUCUGCCUGAUGAUGGCCAACGACGCCUCAGCCUCCUGCAAGAAGAUGGCGUCCUUGGCACUCAAGGCCCUGCUGGGCAAGCUUGGCCCCGCGAAGAGGGACUGGCUCUUCCACCUGGUCACCUCCUGGUUCCAAGGCAAGAAGCGGCUGAACAGACAGCUGGCCGCCCUCACCUGCGGGCUGUUUGUGGAGAGCGAAGGAGCCGAUUUUGAGAAAAGGCUUGGAGCCGUGCUCCCUAUCAUUGAAAAGGAAAUUGACCCUGAAAACUUCCAGGAUAUCGUGGAGGAGAUGGCGGAGAAAGCCGCAGACCGCCUGCUCUUCAGCUUCCUCACGCUGCUGAGCAAGCUCAUCAAGGAGUGCAACCUCCUUCAGUUCACCCAGCCCGCCGAGACGCUGAGCAACAUCUGGGGUCACACGCACGCGCACCUGCGGCACCCGCACAGCUGGGUGUGGCUCACAGCGGCCCAGGUCUUCGGGCUGCUCUUCGCUUCCUGCCAGCCCGAGGUGCUGGUCGCGCAGUGGAAGGCGGCAAGGACGACACAGAGACCCUCGGGGGACCCCGUGGCCAUCCGCUUCCUCACCAGCGAUCUUGGCCUCAGGAUGAAGAGCCUGUCCCUGGCCGCCUGCCACCAGCUGCACUCCAAGUUCCUGGACCCGGUGCUGGGCGAGCAGGUUGUGAAGAACUUGCUGUUCAUAGCCAAAGUCUUGUACUUGCUGGAGGCUGAUUCUGAGGGUGCACAGGGCGAGGCGCGAGGAGCAGCCACGGACGACCCUGGGACGCCGGGCGCCGCCUCGCUGCUGGGGCUCAUGCAGAGGCUGGCGCGCAUGGCCAAGCUGGAGGCCGCCUACUCGCCACGGAGCCCCUUGAAGAGGACCUGCAUCUUUAAGUUUCUGGGCGCCGUGGCGCUGGACCUCGGCGUGGACCGGGUCAAGCCGUACCUGCCCGUGAUCGUGGCCCCUCUGUUCCGGGAGCUGAACAGCACCUACUCAGAGCAAGACCCUGCGCUGAAAAACCUGUCCCAGGAGAUCAUCGAGCUGCUCAAGAAGCUGGUCGGGCUCGAGAGCUUCUCCGCAGCCUUCGCCUCCGUCCAGAAGCAGGCGAACGAGAAGAGGGCGCUGAGGAAGAGGAGGAAGGCCCUGGAGUUUGUAACUAAUCCUGAUAUUGCUGCCAAGAAAAAGUUGAAGAAACAUAAAAAUAAAAGCGAAGCGAAGAAGAGAAAGAUCGAGUUCCUGCGUCCAGGCUACAAGGCCAAGAGGCACAGAGGCCGCAGCCUGCGGGACCUGGCAGUGGUGGAGUAGCAGCCCUGGCCCGGCCCAGCCCGCUGUCCGGCGGGAGAGGCAGGGUUUGUUGUUUAUAACAAGCUUCCAGGCAGACUGUAUGAUAUGUAUACCCUGAUGUACUCCCUUCUUUUAUAAAUUAAAAUGCUUAAUACUG